AUGUAUUACUGGCACCUGCUGGAGCAGAAGAAGAAAAGAGCACAGUUGAUUGCAAGUGCCGACAUACGCGAUCCGCGGCUCCUUCAUGUGUCGCCCACAACGGUUCGUUCCGGCCUGAAAUGCGCGGGCGCACAAGCGCGCGCGGUAAUGCGGCCGCAGCUACAUUGCAUCUUUGAAAACCACUACGAAUCAGCCUCUUCACAACACUCUAAUUCUUUCCAAACACUUGUGCAUAGACGAGUUUUUCAGGUUGCUCUUUUUGUCCACGUCGUAUCGCUCUUUGCGUGCGCUGCGGCAAGCGGAAGUCUGACUUCCCAUAAAACGGGUUCUGCACCCUGUCCUGUUGUCGCAGGGAUACCACAUGUGACACGCAAUAAAAGCGAUCAAUGUCUGGUGUGGUCGGAACACGCUGCGUUUGAAAUGUGUGCCCUCAAGCCAGACGACCGCGUCCGACAACUUCGUACUACUUUCCUCUUUUCUGAUCUUCAGCCAAUUUCCUUGUACUCGGUGUUCGCUGCUGGAUCUAGCAGCGAAAGCUGGUCACGGCGCCUCCUUUCUGGCAUACGCGGGACUGACUGUGUUCGAGAAAUCGGAACGCGAUGUAAUGCAUGUUUUGAUCGCCUCGCAACUGCACUGCGACGUCUUGAUGACGCUUAUCGAUCUUUCGACCAAACGUUACUCCGCUUUGACUGUAUGCCUGCUGUCGAUACGGCUAGCGCAACAAGGCCGUUUUCGCCUAAUGGAAGUUGUACGACAUGUCGUUCAUGGUAUAAGCGGUGGCUUCUCGUUCAAAGCGUUUCUAUCUGGCGUGAGCCACCUUGUGUGAACUGGUGUUACUAUGCUCAACUCGCCUGUCCACACCUUGCCACAUCGAAAGUCGUAGAUUACGCUGGUCAUCCAUCGUUCCAGUGUAGAGAUCUGGAUAUUCCGUUACCACAAGAACCAGAAGCAUCCAAGUGCGGCUGUGUACACCCGUGCGAUCUUCGAGGAAUCGUCACGGAUGGCGAUGUGACACGAACAUCCACUUCGGACCACGACUUUUACCCAUCACGCCAGCACUGUGAGUCGCGACGACGCCAGUGUGCUCGGACUACUGCUCAUGACCGGCGUGUUGCACGCAUCUUUGCUUCCGGAAGUUCUUUGGCACGACCAUCUGUCGUAGCCGUCAUGAUCGCUGUAGCUGUGAUACAAUGA